AUGGCUCUCUCAGUUUCCAAAGUGUUCUUUGAGCACCAUCGUACCGCUCUUGGGAUUGGGGAAACGUCCCCUCGAAUCUCCUGGCGGUUCGAUGGCAAAGUCUCGGACUGGUACCAGGGUGCCUAUGAACUCGAAAUUCGACGAGUCGGUCAGGAACCGGCUACUACGUUUCAUAUUGACUCGUCCGACUCGGUGCUUGUGCCAUGGCCUAGUGAUCCAUUGAACUCAGGCGAAGAGGCUACGGUGCGAGUGCGAUCUUUUGGCCAUAAGCACCAGCCAAGCACCCCUUGGUCUGAUCCUGUAACUGUUGAACCGGGACUUCUGAGCCCAGAUGCCUGGCAGGGAGCCGCGGCUAUUGGAUCUGACCGUCCGACGGAGGUGAAUCGGACUCACCGACCGAUCUAUUUCCGGAAAGAGUUCAUCUUGGACGAGCAAGUGCUCGCGGCUCGGCUGUACAUUACAGCUUUGGGCCUCUACGACGCUCGUCUGAAUGGCCAACGUGUCGGGGAUCAUGUCCUCGCCCCCGGCUGGCAGUCCUACAAACAUCGGCACGAGUACAAUACAUACGAUGUGACGGAUCUCCUUCGUCACGGGCAGAACUCAGUCGCCGUCGCCGUCGGAGAGGGUUGGUACUCUGGCCGCCUGACCUGGGCGAGCUUCCGCAAUAUCUACGGGGAUAGCCUAGGCAUGCUGUGCUUACUUGCCGUGACAAAUUCCAAUGGUACGAGGACCUACGUGCCCAGUGAUGGGACGUGGAAGUCGAGUACCGGACCCCUGCUCACCUCGGAGAUAUACGACGGGGAGACGUACGACUCAAGACUAGAAAUGGAUGGAUGGGAUAGCCCCGGAUUCAAUGACUCUAGUUGGCUGGGAACGCACGAGGUACCGUUUUCCAAACAGGUUCUCGCCGCCCCCGAUGCUCCGCCCGUAAGACGUGUGGCAGAGCAUAAACUGGUGAAUGUUUUCCCCAGUGCGUCGGGGAAACCGGUUCUUGAUUUUGGGCAGAAUCUAGUAGGAUGGCUGAGGAUUCGUGUUAAAGGGCCAAGGGGCCAGACCAUCCGGUUCCUUCACACAGAAGUCAUGGAAAAUGGGGAGGUUGCUACUCGCCCCCUCCGCACCGCGAAAGCAACAGACUACUUCACUCUAUCCGGCGAUGCUGUCCAAGAAUGGGAGCCUUCGUUCACGUACCAUGGCUUCCGCUACGUGCAGGUUGAUGGCUGGCCAGCUGAAACGGAGCUCAACGCGGACUCUGUGACGGCAAUCGUGGUGCACUCGGAUAUGGAACAGACUGCAUUCUUCGAAUGCUCCGAUCCACUUAUCAACAGACUCCACAAGAACAUCGUAUGGAGUAUGCGCGGGAAUUUCUUGGGUAUACCGACUGACUGUCCCCAACGUGACGAACGCCUCGGCUGGACCGGAGACAUUAAUGCUUUCUCGCGCACGGCAAAUUUCAUUUACGAUACGGCGGGAUUUUUGCGCGGAUGGUUGAGGGAUGCAUAUUCAGAGCAGCAGGAAAACUCAUGCAAGUUCUCCGAAUCCUCUUUUCUUUACAUAUUCGCGCCGCCACAGACUAUCCCUAAUGUCCUCGGGCCAUCAUCGCCCGCCACGUCAAUCUGGGGAGAUAGCAUCGUAGGCGUCCCAUGGCAACUUUUCCAGAGUUUUGGCGACAAAGCCAUGCUGCAGGAGCAGUAUCCGGGAGCCAAGGACUGGAUUGACAGGGGCAUCAUCCGGAAUGAAGUCGGGCUGUGGAAUCGCUCUACCUUCCAGUACGCUGACUGGUUGGACCCCAAGGCACCACCCGAUAGCCCAGGGGCGGCAACGACAAACAGCUACCUAGUCUCGGACGCGUAUCUCAUCCACAGUACGGAGAUGGUGGCUAAUAUGUCGUCUGCGUUGUCUCUUGCACAGAAUGCAGAGGGAUAUGCUAGCUCUCGUGCCGCACUAACAAAGGCGUUUCAGGAUGCCUGGAUCUCCGACUCAGGAUUAGUAGCGAAUGAAACGCAGACAGGGCUCACAUUACCGCUUUAUUUCAAGCUAUUCGCUAAACCUGCCCAUUAUACCGCUGCUAUCGGUCGACUGGUGGACAUGAUUACGCAGAAUGAAUUCAAAGUCGGCACGGGAUUUGCUGGAACGCAUCUACUCGGACAUACCCUCUCAGCGUACGGGGCCGCAGACACGUUCUAUAACAUGCUUCGACAGAAAGACGUGCCGGGCUGGCUGUUCCAGGUUAUCAUGAAUGGCACGACCACCUGGGAGCGUUGGGAUAGUAUGUUGGCGAAUGGAAGCAUAAACCCUGGCGAAAUGACCUCCUUCAAUCACUAUGCGGUUGGGUCCGUGGGGAGUUGGAUCCAUGAAAGCAUUGGCGGGUUAAGUCCACAGGAGCCGGGCUGGAAGAAGUUCAAUGUCGAGAUUAUCCCCGGUGGUGGAUUGGAUGAGGCGUCCACGCAGUUUCUGAGCCCCUAUGGCCUCAUCGCCACGCAGUGGUCGGUCGAUGCUCAUAAGGGCGAGGGCUGUGCGAAGGGUACCAGGAAUUUCCAGUUAGCUUUGGAAGUGCCUCCCAAUACACAAGCCACUGUCAAACUGCCUGGCAAUGGAAAGGGAAAGGGAAAGAAAAUCUUGGUGGUUGGAUCGGGGGUAUAUCACUAUCAAGCUUGUUUGCCAACUUAAGGAGCACCUC